AUGGAAACUACUGAAAGUCGGAACAACGAGAUUGUAACGACGGAGACUGUAACACAUCGUGACGACUACGCGGCCUGCGGGUACAGUGAAUAUGCAGAACGGAGGAUAUUUGGAAGGAUAUCCGGCGGCACUGAUGCUGCAGAAGGCCAGUGGCCCUGGCAGGUGGCGCUCUUCUGUCAUCGGAACUGCAGAAGAUGUGAGCCCAGGUUUUUCUGUGGUGGUAGUCUUAUUGCUCGUAACUGGGUUCUGUCAGCUGCACACUGCUUCGAAAAAUGCCCAUGGUCUGCCAUCAGAGUAUAUACAGGAAUUCGUAAUAAAUCCAGGUCAGCUCUUCGACUGUUGGACCCAGCCCUUGUGUAUUCCCUUGAUGGAGACGACGCCCUAAUAAAGCAUGAGGCGUUUAAUUCGGACCUUGAUAAUGAUAUUGCCGUUUUACGAUUGAGCCGUGAUGUCAUGCUGAGCUCAGGAAUAAGACCAAUCUGCAUGCCAAAACUUGCUAUGAAAGAAAGAGCACUUUAUUCACCACACGGAGAACCACCAUAUGUGGCCGGAUGGGGCACUACGCAACCCUAUGAUUACGGUAAUCUGUGCUUUGACAGAUACAGGCCUACCUCGUCUCUCCUUCAAUACCUGGUUAUCCCCGUGCGCAGUAACAGCGAAUGCAGGGACAGUUUCAUCAACCACUAUGAGUGUACGAGUGUGUCCGCUUACAAGCCUGCAAUCGCGUUUUGUGCGGGAGUACCGGAGGGAGGCGUGGAUGCGUGCACGGGAGACUCGGGAGGGCCAGUCAUGAGGCAGAUGACCGUUGCAGACGGCAGCAAACGAUGGGUCCAAAUAGGCAUUGUCAGCUGGGGUGAAGGGUGCGCCGUGGAAGGUCGGUAUGGUAUUUACACAAGACUUUCGGCAUAUACCGACUGGAUUGAAAGUCACACAUCAACCAGAGACCCGAGAUCUGGAUGAAGCUACCCCAACCCCUGAAGAUUCUUCCGAGAGCUCCAUCUACUAUCAUAUUUCACCUCGGGGGUUAAGGCGGCGGAAGUAGGAAUUAUAUUUUCUGUGUGUCCUGCUUGAAACCAUACUUUUCCCGGGAAUUUCCACAUCAAAAAAAAAAAACAAAUUAUGAAAACAAGUCUAGUGAAUAUUCUAAUGUUUGACCCAAAAUCACAGAUUAAACAAUAUCCAUCAGACGAGAGUUUAAAGAAUUAGAGGUCAACGCUCUACGAUAGGGUAGUGCAAAGAUUGAUUAUGUACAUUAUUUGUGUACAGGUAGGUCCGAGUGAAAAAAAAAAUCUGAACUUCUUUAUCGAUUUAUCUAUAAAAAAUUACGUUUUGUUUCAUUUUUAAUUUGCAACUUUUCAAUCUCCAUCAUUUUUUUUUUAUAAACCGUUGCCAAUCUUGGACGAUUUACAGUAGGCCUAAAUGGUAUAGCAAACGGGGUGUCAAAAUGUGGAUAACAAAAUUUUCCAAAGGUCUAUAUAAUUGUGGAUUUUUUUGUU